AUGAUCAGUUUGUGCAUGUCGACGAUUGACAACGUUGUUAACUUUACCGACUGUACCACCAUGCCGUCGAACGGAGAUGCACAACAAGAUCCACGGAUCAUACGCGCUCUAGAACGAUCACUUGAGCUUGGUGAGACUGGGAUAGCUGUGGCAGCAUAUUAUCGUGGCAAAAAGAUCAUUGACGCUGUUGCUGGUGUUGCAAACGCAGAGACUGGCGAGAAAGUGACCAGAGAUACUCUGUUCCCGGUCUUUUCUGUUACGAAGGGAGUCGUAGCUUUGGCAGUCCAUCUACAGGCUGAACGUGGUCUAAUUGAUCUCAAUGAGCGCAUAGCAAAAUAUUGGCCAGCAUUUGGUCGAAAUGGCAAAGAGACCAUUACGAUCGAGCAAGCUUUAUCUCACAGGGCAGGAAUUCCUCAGAUGCCAAAGGGAGUCACACCAGAACUAAUGGCCAAUUGGGAGUGGAUGAUCAAACAGAUUGAGUCGUUCACCUCAAUCUUUCCACCUGGCGAGGCUAAUGCUUAUCAUAUACUGGUUUGGGGCUGGAUCGUGGGAGAGGUCGUGCGGCGCACUGAUCCGCAGCAUCGACCUGUUGAACAAUUUGUUUAUGACGAGAUCUGUAAGCCUAUUGGGGCCAAGAACUUCUUCCUUGGUGUCCCAGACACAGAACUACAACGUGUUGCCAAGCUCAGUGGGGGCAACGACUUUGUUAUGCAGGACGACUAUGGAAUAUGUCCUAGGGCAGUAUUUCCUGGCUCAGAAAUACACAACACCAGAAUCGUUCAGCAAGGUGUAGAUCCAGGUGCUGGAGCCAUUACUACAGCUAGUGCUGUUGCCGCAAUUUUCGGCAUCGUUGCUGGCAAAGGUCAGUUUGGCGGACACCAAUUCUUGUCACCCGAGCGAGUUGAAGCUUUUGCGAAAUUCAGGGAAGGAGCCUAUGAUCAAGAUAAGAUAUUGCCCAUUCCUGUCUGGUUUGGCGCGGCUGGAUAUUGGUUAGGAGGAGAACCUACGGCUUCAGACCCUUUAGUGGGUGAUCACAGAGAGAUCGUAUACAGCCCGGGCGCGGGAGGGUCCCUGGCAUGGGCGGACUUCAGAAAGGAUCUAGCCGUGGCAAUUUGCCAUAACAAUAUGGACACUCCCAUGAUCUUAGAGCCCGAGAGGACCUAUGCUCCUAUUGUACAAGCCAUUAGAGAGAUAGUCAAGGAUCUGGAAUGA